AUGUCGGGCUGGGACGAGGGCGCCGUGUUCUACAGCGACCAGGCGCAGUUCCCCCGCGGCGGCCCCGGCGGCGACCCAGCCGCCGACCUCACCCGCCACUCCGCCCUCCGCAAGUUCAAGGAGUUCCUCCGCGGUUUCACCGGCCCCACCGGCGACUUCCCCUACCGUGAGAGCCUAGUACACAACCGCGACCAUGUCACCGUCGCCAUCGAGGACCUCGAUGCCUUCGAUGCCGAGCUCUCUGACAAGAUCCGCAAGUCGCCGGCCGAUUAUCUUCCGCUGUUUGAGACGGCCGCGGCCGAGGUUCUCGCAAGCCUCCGUUCGAAAGUCGCCGGCGAGACCGGGGAGAUGGAGGAGCCCGUCACGGGAGAUGUCCAGAUCUUCCUCUCCUCCAAGGAGAACUGCCUGUCCAUGAGAUCUGUUGGGGCAGAUUACAUGUCGAAGCUGGUUAAGAUUGCGGGAAUUGUAAUUGCUGCAUCGAGAGUAAAAGCCAAGGCCACCCAUGUAUCUCUUAUCUGCAAGAAUUGCCGGAGUGUGAGGACAGUACCUUGCAGGCCAGGCCUCGGCGGGGCUAUUGUUCCACGUUCGUGUGACCAUGUUCCUCAGCCUGGAGAAGAGCCUUGCCCCCUGGACCCUUGGAUUGCCGUCCCGGAUAAGAGCAAGUAUGUGGAUCUCCAGACCCUCAAAUUGCAGGAGAAUCCUGAGGAUGUUCCAACUGGUGAGCUUCCAAGGAAUAUGCUGCUUUCUGUAGAUAGGCACCUAGUUCAGACUAUUGUUCCAGGGACUAGAUUAACUGUUGUUGGCAUCUACAGCGUCUACCAAGCAUCCGCAACCCAGAAGAGCGCUGUUGGUGUUAAACAGCCUUACAUUAGAGUUGUGGGUUUGGAGCAAUCUCGAGACAAUAACUCAAAUGGCCCCUCAAACUUCACUCUUGAUGAGGAAAUGGAAUUCAAAGAAUUUGCACAGAGGCCAGAUGCAUAUGCCAAGCUUUGCUCAAUGAUUGGUCCUUCAAUUUAUGGUCAUUCUGAUGUCAAGAAAGCUAUUGCAUGCUUGUUAUUUGGGGGAUCUAAGAAGAGGCUACCUGAUGGUGUACGUUUGAGAGGUGAUAUCCAUGUCUUGCUUCUGGGUGAUCCAUCCACAGCAAAGUCACAGUUCCUCAAAUUUGUAGAGAAGACUGCACCUAUUGCAGUCUAUACGUCUGGCAAAGGAUCAUCUGCAGCUGGUCUUACUGCAUCUGUAACUCGGGAUGGUAGCUCGCGUGAGUUUUAUUUGGAAGGAGGAGCCAUGGUAUUGGCUGAUGGUGGAGUAGUUUGUAUCGAUGAAUUUGACAAGAUGAGACCUGAAGACAGAGUUGCAAUUCAUGAGGCCAUGGAGCAGCAGACAAUAUCUAUUGCCAAAGCUGGCAUUACAACAGUACUCAAUUCAAGGACUUCAGUUCUUGCAGCUGCCAAUCCAAUUGCAGGACGCUAUGAUGAUCUUAAGACUGCACAAGAUAAUAUCGAUCUGCAGACGACCAUUCUUUCUAGAUUUGAUCUAAUCUUUAUCGUCAAAGAUAUCAGAAUGUAUGAUCAAGAUAAGCGAAUAGCAAGCCACAUUAUCAAGGUGCAUGCCAGUGGUGCUGCAGCUUCAUCCACAAGCACAGAGGCAAGUGAUGGAGAGAAUUGGCUGAAAAGGUACAUUGAGUACUGCCGUGCCACAUGCAGACCACGGCUUUCAGAAAAAGCAGCUGAGAUGCUGCAGAACAAAUAUAUUGAGAUUAGACAGAAAAUGAGGCAGCAAGCUCAUGAGACAGGGAGGGCAGCAGCGAUACCCAUCACUGUGAGGCAGCUUGAAGCCAUCAUACGUUUGAGUGAAUCCCUUGCAAAGAUGAGACUGACAAGUGUGGCUACACCAGAGCAUGUUGAAGAGGCAUUCAGACUGUUCAAUGUCUCCACUGUUGAUGCUGCAAGAUCUGGAAUCAACGAGCAUUUGAACCUGUCACCGGAGAUUGCAAAUGAAAUCAAGCAAGCGGAAGCACAAAUAAAGAGAAGAAUGGGCAUUGGAAGCCACAUAUCUGAGCGACGGCUGAUUGAUGAACUAAAUAGGAUGGGAAUGAAUGAGUCCAUUGUCAGAAGAGCCCUUCUGAUCAUGCAUCAAAGAGACGAGGUGGAGUACAAGAGAGAGCGCCAUGUGAUAGUCCGAAAGGCUUGA